GGAGGGGGCGUCCUCGGCACUCAGGGACAGCCUGGCUCCAGCUCCGACGCAGACGCCGCUGGGAUGCGCUCCCGGGGUUUUGGUUGCGACUGUCCUGGUUUUUCUUGGCAGAAGUGCUCAGCGACGGAAAGAGAAGUGACUUCCUCGUGGGUCUGAAGCUCCCGGCCUUGUGUGGCAGUCCAUACGUUUCACUCUCUCGUCCUCCUUCCCUCCCUUUUGCUGCUUCCCUCUGCCCCUUCAGGCUCGCGGUGCCGGAGGGGUUAAUCCGACGCCAGGUCUGGCUCCUCGGUCUCUUGGCUAGCGUCUUCUCGGCCUCCUAACUCGAGGUUUAUACAUCGUGUCGGGUUGGGAGACCAGGAGGCUACUAAGCAUUGGGAAGAAAGAUGGCAUCUGUAUGGAGGAUCAACUUGGAACAGGAAAACUAGAUGAGAGGAAAUUGCACUCAUUCAGAUUUAUAAAGAACUCUUCCUUUGAAUUCAUGGUGUUGCACCCUAUAUAUGACUGAGAUAUCAAGCCUUUUGGACUGUUGUUAUUGGACCAAAAAUGACAUCCAUUAUCAAAUUAACUACCCUCUCUGGGGUUCAAGAGGAGUCUGCUCUUUGUUAUCUUCUCCAAGUUGAUGAAUUUAGAUUUUUAUUGGACUGUGGCUGGGAUGAGCACUUUUCUAUGGAUAUUAUCGAUUCACUGAGGAAGCACGUCCACCAGAUCGACGCGGUGCUGCUCUCGCACCCCGACCCCCUCCACCUUGGGGCCCUCCCCUAUGCUGUGGGCAAGCUGGGCCUGAACUGCGCCAUCUAUGCCACCAUUCCAGUUUAUAAAAUGGGACAGAUGUUCAUGUACGAUCUUUACCAGUCUCGACAUAAUACAGAAGAUUUUACGCUCUUUACGUUAGAUGAUGUGGAUGCAGCAUUUGAUAAAAUACAGCAGUUGAAAUUCUCUCAGAUUGUGAAUUUGAAAGGUAAAGGACAUGGCUUAUCUAUCACACCUUUGCCCGCUGGUCAUAUGAUUGGAGGAACAAUAUGGAAGAUAGUCAAAGAUGGAGAAGAAGAAAUUGUCUACGCGGUUGACUUCAACCACAAGAGGGAGAUCCACUUAAAUGGAUGUUCCCUGGAAAUGCUAAGUAGACCCUCCCUACUCAUCACAGAUUCAUUUAAUGCUACGUAUGUGCAGCCAAGGAGAAAACAGAGAGAUGAGCAACUUCUGACAAAUGUCCUGGAAACACUUCGAGGCGACGGGAAUGUGUUAAUAGCAGUGGACACCGCAGGCAGAGUUCUGGAACUUGCUCAACUCCUUGACCAGAUUUGGAGAACUAAAGAUGCAGGAUUGGGAGUUUACUCAUUGGCACUCCUGAAUAAUGUCAGCUACAACGUGGUGGAGUUUUCUAAGUCCCAGGUAGAAUGGAUGAGUGACAAAUUGAUGAGAUGUUUUGAAGACAAAAGAAAUAAUCCAUUUCAGUUUCGCCAUCUCUCUUUAUGUCACGGUCUUUCUGACUUGGCUCGAGUACCUAGCCCAAAAGUGGUACUUGCCAGCCAACCCGACCUGGAAUGUGGAUUUUCAAGAGAUCUCUUUAUUCAGUGGUGUGAGGACCCUAAAAACUCAAUCAUUCUAACUUACAGAACUACUCCUGGGACUUUAGCACGUUUCUUAAUUGAUAAUCCUUCUGAAAAAAUUACAGAAAUAGAGUUGAGGAAACGUGUAAAGCUUGAAGGGAAAGAACUUGAAGAAUACUUGGAAAAGGAGAAACUAAAGAAAGAAGCUGCUAAAAAACUUGAGCAGUCAAAAGAGGCAGACAUAGAUUCCAGCGAUGAAAGUGAUGUUGAGGAAGACAUUGACCAGCCAUCGGCUCACAAGACCAAGCAUGACCUGAUGAUGAAAGGGGAAGGGAGUCGGAAAGGCAGCUUCUUCAAGCAGGCGAAAAAGUCUUACCCCAUGUUUCCUGCCCCAGAAGAGAGAAUUAAAUGGGAUGAAUAUGGAGAAAUUAUCAAACCAGAGGAUUUCUUGGUGCCAGAACUUCAAGCUACUGAAGAAGAAAAAAGCAAAUUAGAAUCUGGCUUGACGAAUGGAGAUGAACCCAUGGAUCAGGAUUUAUCUGAUGUUCCCACUAAGUGCAUUUCUAUGACAGAAUCUAUUGAAAUAAAAGCCAGGGUCACUUACAUAGACUAUGAAGGACGCUCUGAUGGGGAUUCCAUUAAAAAGAUCAUUAAUCAGAUGAAGCCACGGCAGCUGAUCAUUGUCCACGGCCCCCCCGAGGCGAGCCAGGACCUUGCGGAGUGCUGCCGGGCGUUCGGCGGGAAAGACAUUAAAGUGUACGUGCCAAAGCUGCAUGAGACAGUUGACGCCACCAGCGAAACUCACAUCUACCAGGUGAGACUGAAAGACUCACUUGUUAGCUCCCUGCAGUUUUGUAAGGCGAAAGAUGCUGAACUAGCUUGGAUAGAUGGUGUCUUAGACAUGCGCGUUUCCAAAGUGGACACGGGAGUUAUUCUAGAAGAGGGAGAACUGAAGGAUGAUGGAGAAGACUCAGAAAUGCAAGUGGAUGCGCCUUCCGAUUCUAGCGUCAUAGCACAGCAGAAGGCCAUGAAAAGUCUGUUUGGAGAUGAUGAGAAAGAGACGGGUGAAGAAAGUGAGAUUAUUCCCACUUUGGAACCCUUGCCACCUAAUGAAGUUCCUGGACAUCAGUCAGUUUUUAUGAACGAACCAAGACUGUCCGACUUCAAACAAGUUCUUUUGCGGGAGGGGAUUCAAGCUGAAUUUGUAGGAGGUGUCCUUGUUUGCAACAAUCAAGUAGCGGUCCGCAGAACUGAAACUGGACGCAUUGGAUUAGAAGGCUGCCUUUGUCAAGAUUUUUAUAGGAUAAGAGACCUUUUAUAUGAACAGUAUGCCAUUGUAUAAAGGACAUCAUGUCAAGAAGUAUCUGUUUGACCUUUAUAAGAAAAAAGGGAUUCUCAUGCUAAGCUUUUGCGCAUUUUUUUUUGUAAUAUACAAAAAUCUGCCAGAAAAACUUAACAUGCGUUAGAUUUUUUGCUAAUGCUCAAAUGAGCAUUCUCCCUUUUAGUUGUGAGUUGUAGCGACCCUAACACAUGUGCAGGCCUGAGAAGUGAAGUUGAUUGCUUUCCUUUAGUGACCCCUUAUUCUAGAAGGGCUUUUUACUUGACUAAAACAAUGCAACUUAGCAAACCAGUUCAUGGCCUUAGAGAAACAUAUUUGCGUGAACUCUUGCAAAUUGUUUCUUAUAUUUUCUGGAAUGCAAAGUGAGAAUUAUUUAGAAAAGAUGAGCUAUUAGGGAAAAAAACUGAUAAAAGUUUUUUUUGAGUCCUACUUAGUUAAAAAACAAAAAGCAAAGAGUAUGGGCUCUAACUCCUCUGAAUUGUAAUACGCACUUGUCUUCACAUGCAGUGUGUCUGCUCCAGGCCUCUCUUUCCCAGGGUCACUCUGGUGUGACGCUGGAACCAAUCAGUUUUUAUUCCUUCCACUUCUUGUUUUAUCAAGGUUUUGUUCUUGUUGUUCCAUAUGGAUUAUAAUACCAUAGAUCACUUGAAUACACAUAAUUCAAAAGAAUUCCUCAAUGUGUUACAAAAGAUCUUAAGGGUUCUGCAUACACAGUAGGCACAUCUUCACUAUCACCUGGAUUACUGUUAGAAACUGUUUCAUGCUCUGUUUUCAAGGAAAUAAAUAUGAACCUCACCCUUUCAUGAGGCAGCAAUAUAAUUGAAUUACAAGGUGUGAAUGUUCUCAUCUCUUAGGCGUGCCUUCUCCUAAAGUCGCCAAGCAGCGGUUGGAUUUUAUCCACAUUACCACAGAAGUAACGUUGAAGAUGGAGGAGCUCAUCUUCUCCGUGUUCGCAUCUUUCUUGCGGCUAGCACGCUGACAUAGUAGACACCACUUGUAUUUAAGAGUAAGAAAUGAGUAUGUGCAGUUUCCAUUGAAAUUAAAGAUGAAAUCAUUGUGCCCUGCAGCACUCUGUCAGUGCUCUUUUAGUACGUGGCCCAACCGUGGCAGACCUUGGGCUUCUUUCGCAAGUGCUGAAGUCCCCUUUACUGUGAACACCUUUGGAAGGGUCAGUCAUGUGUAACUCCUAUGGGACUGUGUCUAGUACAGCCUAGUGAUGUCAGACUAGAAUUAAUUUCAUUCUAUUUGAAAUGCUUACAAAGCUUUUCCUGUGGAUUAUAGUGCUAAUGUGAAGUACACAGGCUUCUUAUACCAGAUACACAAAACAAUGUUACAGAAGAUGAAGAUGAAGAGUAUGUUUUCUUUGCAGCGCUUUGGAAAAAAUUCACUUAAACUCAUUAUUGAAUAGAGUAAGCCUGAAAUUCUGUUUGUUUUCCAAGUGAAGGAAAGUCUGCAUUUGUUACCUGGCUUAAAGAAUUUGGUUAUACAUAUUUCAUUGAAAUCCUGAUACUGAAAAUUGGAUUUUUGCCUAACCCAUGAACAAGAAUUAAAUUUUAAAGUACUGCUUGAAGAUGGCUGUGUAACUAAGGUCAUUGUAGGAGCAGUAUUUUUACCUGUUUCUAGAUGAUGCUAUUACUAAAAUUUCUAAAAUGAAGACAUUUGUUUAGCCUUAGUUACUGAAGGAAAAUACAGAUUUUAAGAAGGACUCAGAGAAAUCAUAAACUCAGAGGAAUUUUUAGAUCUUUACUCUUUAGAAGCAAAAUAAACACAAGUAGACCAUCCGCUGAUAUAUAUAAUUAGGUUAAAAAUAAUUUUUUGUUGUAUUUGUUUCAGUGGGAUUAUAAAUGUCAAAUGUCAUUGCAAACUAUUUAAUGUUUUUAUGAGCCAGUAGGUGGUCUCAAACAAAAGUGAGGAAAUCAGUUUUCAGAGAGCCAUUUGCCUUUUUUAAAAAAACUCAGAUGAUCCACAUAUCAUAAAAUUCACUCUUUAAAGUGUACAGCUCAUUGAUUGUUAGUAUAUUCACAGCGCCGUGCAACAUUUCAUCGUCCCCCAAGAAAACGUUGCACGCAUUGGCUGUCGGCUCCCAGUCUCCGUCUCCCCCAGCCUUGGGCAACCAUUAAUUCAUUCCCUGUCUCCUACGAGUUUGCCAGUUCUGGAUGUUUCAGAAAAAUGGAAUCAUAAAAUAUGUGGCCUUUUGUGUCCUACUUCUUUCACUUAGUAUAAUAUUUUCAAGAUUCAUUGAUGUGGUAGCAUGUAUCCGUUUACUCUUUAUGGCUGAAUAACCUUCUAUUGUGUGGACAGACCACAUUUUGUUUAUCUAUUCAUCAGUUGAUGGACAUUUGGGUUGUUUCCACUUUUUGGCUCUUAUGAAUAAUGCUGCUGUGAACAUUCAUGUACAAGUUUUUUGUAUGGAUAUAUGUUUUAAGUUUUCUUGGGUAUAUACAGGGUGGGACAAAAGUAGGUUUAGAGUUCAUAUGGAAAAUAAUACAAUAAUUAAUUAAUAAUAAAACAAAAAUAAACUUGUGUUUUGUGUACUUACAACUCAAAAUCUACUUUUGCCAAACCCUCUAUCUAAGAGUAGAAUUGCUGGAUCAUGUGGUGUAACCUUUUGAGAAACUGCCAGACUGUUUUCCACAGUGGCUGCACCAUUUUACAUUCCCACCAGCAGUGUAUGAGAAUUCCAAUUUUUCUACUUCCUCAGCAACACUUGUCACUCACCGUCUUUU